AUGGAGCUGUGGCAUGUGUCUUCUCAGUGCUUUGUUCAUUUGAUAUUCUUGGGAUUGGAUGGGUUUGAGUACGGCCAGAUUCAUUGUGUGGUUCGAGAAUUGCUGCAGGAGAAAUUUAGCAAGGAAAUAUGGCAGAGAGUUCUGGAGGAGUCCGGGCUUGAUGAACACGACCAUUUCUUAGUCUUCUACCGCUACGAAGACAAACUCACCUUCCAACUGAUCGGAGCAGUGUCUACAGUUUUAGAUCUGUCUUUGGAGGCGGUGUUGGAGGUAUUUGGCGACUACUUCGUCAUCUACUGUCUUCGUCAUGGCUACGACAAGAUGCUGAAGACGCUGGGGGGAGACAUGAAAAGCUUCAUCCAGAACCUUGACUCUCUCCAUUCACUACUUGCUCUCAGUUACAAGAACAUAGAGGCGCCGUCCUUUAGAUGUGAAUCUCAUACUGAUGGAUCUCUAAUGUUGCAUUAUUACACAACACGACCUGGACUCUACCCCAUUGUUAUAGGGUCCGUUCGAGCCGUUGGCCGAGACAUCUUUAAGCAGAAGGUGGACAUCACAGUUCAGGAGCAGUCAAGGGAGGUAAUCGAUGGCGGUAAGACCCAGGAGCACACGGUCUUCAAGGUCAUUUUGCACAAAGGGCUGGAAAAUGAACGCGGGAGUCCAGAAGGUCAAGAGGAACGUUUAUCCCCCGAAAACGUAGCAGUUGCUGUGCCUACAAACAUUUCAGCAUUUCAUCUCAGCGCUGUUCAGUUCUGUUCAGCAUUCCCAUAUCAUAUAAUAUUCGAUGAAUGUUUGAAAAUACGACAGUGUGGAGUGAUGAUUCACAAACUGUGCCCUGUUCCUAUCAGAGAAGGAAUGGCGGUUACGUCACUGUUUCGGAUUAUCCACCCCAAAAUGAACCUGUCCAUAACGAACAUUCAGAAGUUUAUCAAUGCAGUGUUUCUUUUGACUGUGUCCCCUGAGGAAUCUGAGAAGGAAGGUGACAGCAAAGCUUUGAUCCUUAAAGGACAGAUGAUAUGGCUGGAUGCCUCCCAUCACAUGAUCUUUAUUGGGUCUCCUCGCCUCACAAGCCUCAACGAACUCAUGGAAAUGAACGUCUACCUCGCCGACAUCCCUCUUUACGACGUCACACGCGAGCUUGUGCUGCUCAACCAACAGAGGAUAGCUGAGAUAGAUAUAGCCAAGAAGUUAGACGAAACAACAGCAGCGUUGAAGCGGACGUCGCAGGCGUUGGAGAUAGAGAAACAGAAGACGGAUGUGCUGCUGUAUCAGAUGCUGCCGCAGAAGGUGGCGAAUCAGCUGAAGAACGGCAGACAGGUGGAAGCAGAAAAGUUCGAUCAAGUGACAAUUCUGUUCAGCGACAUCGUUACCUUCACCAACAUCGCUGCAGCCUGCACGCCAUUGGACAUCGUCAACAUGCUGAACACCCUCUACCACCGCUUCGACAAGAGCACAAACGACCAUGAUGUAUACAAGGUGGAAACCAUAGGAGACGCUUACAUGAUAGUGAGUGGAGUCCCGGAGCCGUCCACCAACCACGCAAAGUCCGUCGCCGACUUCGCCAUGGAUAUGGUGCAGGGAGCCGCAGCAGUCAACUCCCCUGCAACUGGGAAGCCUUUACAGAUCCGAGUGGGGGUCCACACAGGCCCCGUGGUGUCAGGGGUCGUUGGGAUGAAGAUGCCCCGCUACUGCCUGUUUGGAGACAGCGUCAACACGGCAUCCAGGAUGGAGAGUCACGGCGUCCCGGGUAGGAUCCACGUCAGCCCCACCACAUACAGAUGCAUACGAAACAACGGCUACCAGUUAAAGAAACGCGGACGGAUUCAGGUAAAGGGUAAAGGUGAGAUGACCACCUAUUUCCUCGUGGGGGACAAGAACCGCAGGGUUGUGGAACCAGACGACGACUACACAACCCUCUUAGUUGACACAGACUUCAGUUCGGAUAAUGAAGAAGUGACGUCUUCGGAAAAAGCUACGACGCCGAACUCUGACGUAAAUGAAAGCCACGCGUCAAAGAUAACCAGCUGA